UCACUCACGUACUGAAUGGAUUUAGGUCGCUUUCCGGAAGCACGCUAUCUUGGUGAACCUGGUGGCCGGUAUCUGAGGACAACUGUGGUCUCACUGCAAGAGUUGGAGCAUGCUCAAGAUGCAGUUGGAGACUUUGGAGGGGACAAUAGAGCUGGCAUUGAGGGUACGUUGCAUAGAAUAUCCGCUAUUAGGAGUAGGAAUGGAGUGAUAGUUGGAUUGACUUGCCGAGUCGGAAGGGCAGUCAGUGGUCACAUUGACAUGGUUAAGGAUCUGCUUCAAUAUGGGAAGAGCAUCUUGUUUGUUAGAAAGCCUGGGGUUGGCAAGACCACUAUUUUGCGAGAAAUUGCUCGUGCUUUAUUAGAUGAAUUUCACAAAAGAGUGGUAAGACAUGUUGUUGUAGAUACAAGCAAUGAAAUGGCAGGGGAUGGAAAUAUUCCACAUUCAGCAAUAGGAGGUGCAUGAAGAAUGCAGGUAGCAGAGCGAUCCAUGCAACACAAAGUUAUGAUAGAGGCUGUGGAAAACCACAUGCCUGAGGUCAUCAUUGUUGAUGAGAUUGUCACAAAAACUGAAGCUCUUGCAUGUCGCUCAAUUGCUAAGAGAGGGGUCAUGCUUAUUGCUACUGCCCAUGGAGAGCAGCUUGAGAAUAUAAUGAAGAAUCAUACUCUUUCUGACCUGAUCGGAGGUAUAGAAGCUGUUACUUUAGGGGAUGAAGAAGCUAAAGCUAGAAAGUGCCAGAAAACCAUUCUUGAGAGGCGAGCGCCUCCAACAUUUGAAUUCUUGAUUGAGAUGAGACACAGACACUAUUGGGUUACCCAUCAGACAGAAAAGAGUGUAGAUAUGUUGCUUCGUGGCAAAAGUCCACAGGUUGAGGUUAGGACAAGGGAUGACAGUUUAAAGGUUGUAAUUGAAAGAUCAAAGGCAUAUGAUAAAUGUGAUGCUUAAUUUUUGCCAGCCCAUUAUGGGCUUCAUUUUCCUGAGAUUCAACAAAACUCAGUGAAACCCGUGUAUUGCUUUUAUAAGGCAAUAAUAGUUUGCAUUAGCCAAAGAGAAAUAUGGGAAGGAAAAGAAGGAAGAAGCCAGACGGCAGAUGGUGUCCCUUUAUUGAGCAGUCAAGCUGCAAUCGGAGGCAUCAGUAAUGGAUAGGGAAAGCUUUUGAUGGUACAUGAUUUAAUAUAGAAAUUAAAAUACUGUCAUUUCUAUUUACUGUGAAAGCCUACUUAUAAACUUUAAGAAAAGUUCAUCGUAGUUUUCUAUGAAUCAUCUCAUAGUAAGCGUAAUGUAUUGUACUGAAUUCAAGAAUGGGCACUGUUUUUUUUUUUUACUCUAGCCUCAUUUUUUUACGAUGCACGUGUGAUUCGUGAAAAUUGUUCAGAUGUUGUUUGAACCACU